AUGGCAGACACCUUCGCUGGCGAGAAACAUGACCCGAGUCUCAUCAUUGGCAACGGCGAUCUAAUGAGGCGUCCGAGCUCUGAUGUGAUCGAGCCUCCUCCACAGUACGACGAAAAGGUGGCAGAGGAGAGCGAAUACGACGUUCAAGACAAGGACCUUCCCACCGAGGAGGAUCUACGCACGCUUCGACGAGUUUCCGAACGUAUCCCUUUUAAGGUGUAUACAGUUGCCUUCGUCGAGCUUGUCGAGCGUCUUUCAUAUUACGGCACAGUUCAGGUGUUCGUCAAUUUCAUCCAGCAGCCGAAUCCAGGGACAGAUACUGGACGAGCGCUCAAUCCUAGCGAUGAACAGGCGCAACCAGGUGCCUUAGGCCUAGGGCAACGGGCGUCGACCGGCCUCACGACUUUCAAUAGUUUCUGGGUAUACGUUGUUCCCCUGUUCGGUGCCUGGGUUGCAGAUACCUAUCUCGGACGCUUCCGGACUAUCUGGAUUUCGGCGCUCGUGGCUAUCGUCGGCCAUAUUAUCUUGACCGCCUCUGCGGCGCCAUCUGUCAUGGCAACUCCAAACUCUGCGCUUGGGUGUUUCAUUGUUGGCGUGAUCAUCAUGGGAAUCGGGACCGGUGGUUUCAAACCGAAUAUUUCUCCUCUCAUUGCAGAGCAGAUCCCUCUUGAGGGAUUAAGAGUCAAGACACUGAAAUCUGGGGAGCGCGUCAUCGUUGACCCUGCAGUUACGACGUCGAGCGUAUAUCAUUGGUUCUACUUCGCCAUCAACAUCGGUGCCAUUGUUGGCCAAAUCUCUAUGGUUUACGCCGAGAGAUAUGUCGGAUUUUGGCUGUCUUUUUUCAUUCCCACGGCCAUGUUUAUCACCACGCUGCCAGUGCUCUUCUUCUGCAAGAAGAUGUACAAAUUAACUCCUCCAGAGGGCAGCGUAUUGGGACCCGCCACCAAACUCUUGAUCAGGGGCACGAAGGGACGAUGGCAUCUGAACCCAUGGGCAACCUACAAGCAUAUGCACGACGGUACCUUCUGGAACAGUCUGAAACCGUCAAGUGUCCCAAUGGAAGGACGCCCUUCUUGGUACACUUUUGACGAUGCUUGGGUUGAUGAGGUUGCUCGUGGAUUUGCCGCAUGCAGCGUAUUCCUGUGGAUGCCGCUCUACUGGAUCACCUAUAACCAGAUCAACAACAACCUGACAUCCCAAGCCGCUGUCAUGGCAUUACACGGCGUACCCAACGAUAUCAUUGCGAACCUUAACCCUUUCGCUCUUAUUAUCUUCAUCCCUAUCUGCAACGCCUUCCUCUAUCCGGGUCUACGGAAGGUUGGAAUCAACUUUACUCCGAUUAAGAAGAUCACUGCUGGAUUCUGGGUCGGUUCUAUGGCGAUGAUCUGGGCAUGCGUGCUACAAGUAUAUAUCUACCGCGAUUCCGAAUGUGGGACCGAUGCUACCGGGGAGGGCUGUGCACCGACAAACAUCAAUGUUUGGGCACAAACUGGAAUUUACGUUCUGAUUGCCAUCUCCGAGAUCUUCGCCUCCAUCACCUCUUACGAGUAUGCCUUUAGCAAGGCCCCGAAGAACAUGCGAUCUCUUGUCAUGGCCUUCAGUCUUUUCAUGUCAGCCAUCGGCUCCGCUAUUGGCGAAGCGUUCAUACCAUUAUCCGAGGAUCCGCUGCUUGUGUGGAACUACGGGGCUAUGGCGGUGAUUUCUGCCAUCGCCGGGGUCAUAUUCUUUUUCUUCUACCGCGAUCUUGACCACGCAGAAGAUCGUUUGAACAUGUUGCCUACUGGAACCGUGGGUCCGAAGGGAAAGGUAGAAGAUUUGGAGGGCCAGGCUGCCGUGCCGGUUUCAAAGGAAGUGCGUAGCGAUGCGGCUAGCAAGGAGACGGUAGUAUGA